AUGAAAGUCAACCAGGAUGUCGGCAGCGGACUUGUUGGUGCGCCCGCCUGUGGGGAUGUUAUGAAGCUUCAGAUCCGCGUCGACAAGGACACCAAGACGAUCAGUGAUGUCAAGUUCAAGACCUUCGGUUGCGGUAGCGCUAUCGCCAGCUCUAGCUAUCUGACUGAGUUGGUGCGUGGAAUGACUCUCGAAGAGGCCGGGAAGAUUCGCAACACGGAUAUCGCCAAGGAACUGUGUCUGCCUCCUGUGAAGUUGCACUGCUCUAUGCUUGCUGAGGAUGCCAUCAAGUCGGCCAUUUCCGACUACUACACGAAAAACCCUAACGCUCGUUCCACUGACUUGGGUGGCACCGGCGCUGCCAUGCCAGAGGUCAAGGUUGACGGUGCCUCCGCUAGCCUGUAG